CCUUGAUCCUCCCUGCGGUGGCAUGAGUCCGCCUGUUACCACUGUUUCACAGAUGAGGAAAUGCGCCUCAGAGAAGAAAGUCUGCACCAAGUGUGGGAUCGAGGCCUGCCCUGGCCAGAAGCGGCCCCUGUGGCUGUGUAAGAUCUGCAGUGAGCAGAGAGAGGUCUGGAAGAGGUCGGGGGCCUGGUUCUACAAAGGGCUCCCCAAGUACAUCCUGCCCCUGAAGACCCCCGGCCGGGCUGAUUACCCCCACUUACGACCUUUGCCUGUGGAACCGGCUGAGCAAGAGCCCAGAAGCACGGAGACCAGUCGAGUCUACACGUGGGCCCGUGGGAGAGUGGUUUCCAGCGACAGCGACAGCGACUCGGACCUCAGCUCCUCCAGCCUGGAGGACAGACUCCCGCCCCCUGGGCUCGGAGACCCGAAAGGCGGCAGAUCCAGGGGGGACUCAGGUGGCAGCGUGGAGUCCCCCAAGAUGGAGCUCACCCACCCACCCAGCCACCUGUCGGGGAGCCAGAGCAGCCUGGCCAGCGAGGCCGGGACCGGCUCUGCAGACCCACAGAGGGGCACCCCACCCUGGCCGGACCCAAAGGGCUCCAGCAAAAGGCACACCCGGGCGAGUCCCCGCUGCUGACGUGGCCCCCACGAGCCCGCCGCCUGCCCUGGGCAGAGGCCUGCGGGGCGCACGGGGCAGGCUUUCCAGUCGGAAGACUGAGAGAGAGAGCGCACCCACAGCUGGAUCCAGACCCCGCCG